CUCCACUUGACCUCAUUUCUCCCCUCUCUCUCUUCCUCCGAACCCCUCGAGCCCUAGAAGAAGCAGCUGCUCGAGGAGCUUGCGAAUCCCCGAAAGCUCGAAGUGGGACUCGGAUUGCUCCGGGUUCGAGGAUCGCUCAGCUCCGAAGAUCGAGCUCUGAAGUUGGUCGGAAGGAUUUCGACGGCUUCCGAUCGUUUGCUGCUCUGCCAUCAGAUUCUGCUUUGGGCUUUGGGGGUGGCAAUAGCUUUUGACUUUUUGGGGUAAACUUGGAGUGAGAUCUAACAUGACAAAGGAUAGAAGAGAUAGGUCUGUAUCUUCUGAUAGGUUCAGAGCAUCUCCACUUCGGUGUAGCUCCAGUCAACCGAAGCGCUCCUUCCCAAAAAUCCCUUCUGAAACUGAGGGAAACAUUAGAGAAUGGGAAGAAGCGAGGUGUCCUGUCUGCAUGGAACACCCUCAUAAUGCGGUUCUCCUCAUUUGUACAUCUCAUGAUAAGGGUUGUCGUCCAUACAUGUGCGACACAAGUUAUAGACAUUCAAACUGUCUUGACCAGUUCCGCAAGUCAUUUGCAGCAACUUCAUUGGAAGUACCUCAGCAAGAGAUAAAUCCGUCUUUAGAUACAAACUUAUCACCUGAUGCAACAUCGGACUCAACUAUUGUUGACGCUGAAGAAAUUAUAGAGGGGCCCGUGACUGUUUCCUUGGAUACCCAGGUCCAAUCAGAUGGACCUGGGACGUCUUCCGAGAAACCAUUGCAGUCAAAACUAAUGUGUCCACUCUGCCGCGGGCAGAUAAAAGAGUGGAUCAUUGAGGAGCCAGCACGUCGCUUUAUGAAUGCGAAAUCCAGAAGCUGUGCUUGCGAGACUUGUGAGUUUAUGGGCUCUUACAGAGAUCUCAGGAAGCAUGCACGGCUUGAGCAUCCUCUUGUGCGACCAUCUGAGGUUGAUCCGGAAAGACAACGUAAUUGGAGGAGGAUGGAGCGCCAGAGGGAUAUUGGCGACUUGAUCAGCACUCUCCAAUCCUCAUUUAGUGAAGAUAGGAAUGACGAAGAUGCCAUCUUGCCCAUGGAGGACAGAGGGUGGCUCACCGUGUUUUUCCUUAUAAGGGUGUUCCAACCCAGUUCAAGGUCUAGGAGCAGCAGCUGGUCUGGCGCCUCAGGGACCAGGGCUCGACUGACUUUCAGACGAAGAUCGACCAGAUUGUGGGGUGAGAGCUAUGAUGGGGACAUCUCUCUAUCUUCAUCAAUGGAUGAGGAUAAUGAUUCAUCAGAUGGUGGCUCAAUUACUCGGAGGAGGCGGGAGCGCUUGCGGCGGCAGUCAACGCCUAAUAACCAGCCUUGAUUCUCAAGUUUUGGAUAGUAUGUUUUGAAGUUUGCAUUUGGAUCUGGCGAUUGUUGAAGAAGAGGCCUGCAAACAAACUCUCUUUUGGCAGUGUCUACCAUUUGGUUCGUUGACAAUGGAAUAGUAAGGUUGGACUCAUUGAAAGGGGUGGACAAAUUGUGAGGCAUCUUUGAUGUCCUUGUAAUAUAAAUACAUUCUCUGUUUGCUCUUGGAAGAAUUGGUGCUGCAAUUAUUUACUUGUUUCUUAGAAGGGGGGGUGCAAAAUAAUCUUGCUGCCGAGCUUUGGGGCUCUUGAAACUUCAUCUUAUCGGCUUCUAAGUUAUACUGCAAUGGCAGUCAUGUGCAUACAUAAUACUCCUCUGUCAGACAUGCUCUC